AGGGGCAUGAAUUUAUCGAAUGGUGGCAAGGCUAGCGGGAAGGUGAAAAAUCAACAUUCGAGCAACAACAGCUCAGCCUUGAUGGUACUGAAUGUCAACGCAACUACCUCUUGAUCGAUCAUCCUAUCAUCCAAGCAGCCAUCAUCAUCGCCACAGAGGCGGCGCUUUCUGCGGCAAUUACUCGGAAUCAGGGCACACGGCACUAAACAACGGGGGAAAAAAAGGGUCCAACAUAUGGGGAGCCCCGCGCACGGAGCCCGCGGACCACGAGAGUCUCCGCUCUGGAAAUUUAGGCCACCACGUUUCUAUAAGCUUGAUUCUAGUCGAAUUAUCGGUUGAUGAUGUUCUACCUCCUGGACAGACCUCACUACUGACCAGAAAGAACUUGUUCUUUUAUCAGAUUUUCUGCAUCGAUGAAAUCCGCGUGGCAUGGUUGCCAAGGACUUCCUCCAAGAAAUCGCGGGCUUGGCUCCUCGCUUUUGCUACGAGGGCCAAGUGUCCGGCCACGACCUCGGUUACGAGUCUCUUCGUUUCUUGGCUCACCCACCGAGUGCAGCCACUCGAGAGUGGUCCGAUGUGCUCCGGAGGAUACCCGCUUGCGGAUUGAUUAGAUCCUUGGCUGUUCUUGGCGGGCGAGGGGAGGGGAGCGGUGCUCGUCUCAGCUCUUGGUGGAGGAGGCACCGAACCAGGCUUUGGGUCGGUGGAGUUUGAUGAUAUACAGUACAUGAACACGCUGUUGUUGUAGACUUUCGUGGAUUUGCUGCAUAUGUUGCAUUCUUCUGCUACAGGCAGAGAGGUAUCUGAACACCAGAGGA